AUGAGGAAUCUCAAAUUCACAACCUUCAUUGUCCUCUUCAAAAGGGAAUCCUUUAUUACCGUCGGGCCAGUGCGAUAUUCGAGCACAACAUACAUUCCUCCGGAAAACAUGAGGUUGAUUCACAUGCCGCUCAUUGAGGAAUUCGUUUCAACUCACUAUGCCUUCAAGCCACGAAUCAUUAUCCCGAAACAUCCGUCGCGGCUUUUAGCAGAAAUCGCAUUCAUUCCCAUCAAAGGCAAUCGGAUCCUACUAUUCGCAAAGUACUUGGAAAAGACUCUCAGGUCCUAUCUAGUACCCCAUCUACACAUAUCUAUCUACGAAAUCCGCGCCGACUAUCGUAUUGGUCCCGCCCUGUGGUCUUUCAAUGGUGGCGUUGAUGGUCACUGCAAUAUUGAUAAUUUGCGGUUGAUAAAAUCCACUAAAAAUGCACUGGGAAUCAGUUUUAGGGAGCGCUUUGACAACCAUUGGAAGCUGUUCGACAUAUCUACGACUAAAACUGACGCCUCAGACAAUUUUCCUUUAAUUGAGUCUGGGAGAAUAGAUACCGAUCUAGAGCUCAAGUCGAACUCAGAGAACGGGCGUAGCUUCGUAAUACUAUCCCCUGACAGGCGCAUUCUCCUAAACACAUAUUUGGAGGAAGGACCGCACAACCAAACGAUUGACAUUCACUAUUCGGAUUCUGGUAGCACAAGCUUUUCCUUCGUUACCCGCACUUCUAUUCCGACUCCCAGGGCCCUAGGAACAGCUACUCUCCAGGCAGAACUUGCAUUUUCUGCCGAUGGAUCCAAGUUUGCUAUGGCCAUGGGUCGUGGCAGAGUGUCUGUUUGGGAUAUCCGAAGCAAAGCUCCUUUGAAAACAUUCAUGGAAGUCCCUAAGCCCGACUAUAACAACCAGAGUGUACCAUUUCUCUCAUUCAGCAGUGGAAAUUUAGGAAAAGAGGCUCUGGCAUUUGUGGAGCGCAAUAUUUACUCCCAACUUGACAUCAUCCAUGUGAUCGAUGCGACGUCGUUCGAGACGGAAGAAACUUUUCUCUUAAAGCUGGAAUGGGUCCAAAAACUUAGAAUGUUCGUAGGAGUGCAGUCGCUUUUCUUCGAUCCAAGCGGAGAAACUCUGUACGCUGAACUUGCUGGAACACUCUAUGAGUGGGACCUGCGGAAAAAUAAGAAUGGUCCCGAAUGGUGGAUCGGGGACUAGCAGGAUGUCCGCCUGAACAAAAAUACUUUUUAUUACGCCGUUUGUAG